AUGCAACACGACCAAAAAGGCAGUCGCAACCGCAAUUUAAAUCCCUGGCCACCGCCAGACUUGCCUCCAAAAUUCAAACAACAUAUACUUGAAGAAAUGGGUGGUACGGGUUUGGUUUUGGUCAUACAAAAGACCAUCUUUUACUCCGAUGUCAACCCUACUGCCAGUCGUUUCUCCAUACCCUUCUUCCAAGUCAAGACUCAUGACUUCCUCAACGAGGCAGAGGCUAAAGAGUUGGCUCACAAAAACCGCAUGCAGGUGUGCCUCUUAGACCCAUCGUUGAAGCAAACAAGCAUUACCUUUAACAAGUGGGUUAUGGGGAACACCUCGCUCUAUGUCCUCACCAACACCUGGAACUCUGUUUUCAAGAACAACCAACUGGAGAAAGGGGUCAUGGUGCAGCUCUAG